AUGACCCUCACCGCACGUACCGCGACCCUCUCCCGGUCCACCAACGAGACCAAAAUCCAAAUCUCCCUCUCCCUAGACGGCGGCGUCCUCCCACCCUACGAACCCUCAACCCACUUCCCCGCCCCAACAGACCCCAAAGAAGCCGAAGCCUCCAAGAAAGGCAUUGUGCCAUCCAAAGAUGCCAGCCAUGCCACACAAUUCACCCCAACCCAGCAAAUCACCAUCAGCACAGGCAUCGGGUUCCUGGACCACAUGCUGCACGCGCUUGCCAAGCACGGCGGGAUGAGUCUUGCAAUCCGCGCAAAGGGUGAUUUAUACAUCGACGACCACCACACAGCAGAAGAUACCUUCCUCGCACUGGGCGAAGCCUUUACAGCGGCCCUGGGUGCGCGCCAAUCUCUUGAGCGAUUCGGUCGCGGCGAUGCGCCUCUUGACGAGGCUCUUUCUUGGGCUGUGAUUGAUCUCUCAAGUCGGCCGUGGGCGGUUAUUAACUUGGGCUUCCGCCGUGAGAAGAUCGGUGACUUGAGCACGGAGAUGAUCACCCAUGGCUUGCAGAGCUUUGCGCAGGCUGCGGGUGUGACCUUGCAUGUUGGUUGCACUUAUGGUGAUAAUGACCACCACCGCGCGGAGAGUGCGUUUAAGGCGCUUGCUAUUGCCAUUCGCAAUGCUUGCAAGCGUAGGGUUGCGGGUGAUGUUGGUGCCGGUGAUGUUGUUAGCACCAAGGGUGUUUUGUAA